UCUCACUCCACCACUACUCACAGAAAAAGUUCCGGUAUUUGAUGCCAUAGUAGAUGUUGUUUGGUUGCUGAGAAAGAGGAAGGAAAAUAAUCGGGAAAAUCCUCCUCCAUCUCAUCGGGAGCUGCAGCUAUGGAAGUCGAAGUGAAACUCCGUCUCCCGGACUCCGCCUCUCACCAGAAACUCUCGGACCUCCUGUCUCCUUUCCACGCCAAAACCCUAUUCCAAGAGAACGUCUUCUUCGACGGCGCGAACGCCGAGCUGUCCUCGAAGCUCGCCGUCCUCCGCCUACGAUUCUACGACGAAAACUCCCGCUGCGUUCUGUCCCUCAAGGCCAAGCCCGCCAUCGCGGCCGGCGUCAGCCGUGUCGAAGAGCACGAGGAGCCCUUCGAUCCCGCGCUCGGCCGGGCCUGCGUGGCGGAGCCUUGGCGGCUCCUCGCCGUGGACUCGUCGGAGAUAAUGAAGCGCGUAAGGGGGGAGUACGGCGUCGGAGAAGGCAGCGGAUUGGUGUGUUUGGGCGGGUUCAGGAACGUCAGGGCGGUGUACGAUUGGGAGGGUCUGAAAUUGGAGCUCGACGAGACGAGGUUCGAUUUUGGGACGAACUACGAGCUCGAAUGCGAGAGCUUAAGCCCUGAGAGUGACAAGGAGUUGCUGGAGAGGUUCUUGGAGAAGAACGGGAUUCGGUUUCGCUACUCCGACGUUUCGAAGUUCGAGAUUUUCCUACGACGGAAGCUGCCAGAAUGAAGCGAUCAACGGCUUGAUUGGUGCUUUCUCUAGUUUCAUUAGCUUUGAGAUUAUUGGUAUGUUAUAAUUUGAAUUAGACAGUGAGUCUCAACAAAAUGCACUGAAAUCACGUGAAUUUUGCAUUCGGUGGCAAAAAUGUUGGGG